CCGGGCCGGGGCGGGACGCAGCGCCGGCCCCGGGAGGGAGGGAGCGAGGCGGUCCGGAAGGGGGCUCCGCCGACGCCGCCCACUCACCACCAGCGCCCUCGGGCCGCGACAGGCCGAGGCGCAGAGCAUGGACGCCGUGCUGCUUGAGCACUUCCCCGGCGGCCUGGACGCCUUCCCGUCCCCGUACUUCGACGAGGAGGACUUCUUCACCGACCAGUCUUCCCGGGACCCUCUGGAGGACGGCGAUGAGCUGCUGGGCGACGAGCAGGCAGAGGUGGAGUUCCUUAGCCACCAGCUGCACGAGUACUGCUACCGCGACGGGGCGUGCCUGCUGCUGCCGCCCGCGGCCCCGGUCCCCCCGCAUGCGGCCGCACCGCCCCCGGGGGCCCCGGGCGAGCCGGCCGGCGCGUUCUGCUGCGACCCGGGGGCGCCCUCCGGCGGCUUCCCCUACUCGCCCGGCUCGCCGCCCGCCUGCCUCGCCUUCGCGUGCGCCGGGGCGGCGCGGCUGCGCGGGCUGGGCGGGGCGGCGGCGCGGCGGCGGCGGCGGGUGCGCUCGGAGGCGGAGCUGCAGCAGCUGCGCCAGGCGGCCAACGUGCGCGAGCGGCGGCGCAUGCAGUCCAUCAACGACGCCUUCGAGGGGCUGCGCUCGCACAUCCCCACGCUGCCCUACGAGAAGCGCCUCUCCAAGGUGGACACGCUGCGCCUGGCCAUCGGCUACAUCAACUUCCUCAGCGAGCUGGUGCAGGCCGACUUGCCUCUGCGCGGCGGGGGCGCGGGCGGCGGCGGGGGCGCGGGCGGCGGGCGCCUGGGCGGGGACAGCCCGGGUAGCCAGGCCCAGAAAGUCAUCAUCUGCCACCGUGGCACCCGCUCGCCCUCCCCCAGCGACCCCGACUAUGGUCUCCCGCCUCUGGCCGGACACUCUCUCUCUUGGACUGAUGAGAAACAACUCAAAGAACAAAACAUUAUCCGGACAGCCAAAGUGUGGACCCCAGAGGACCCCAGGAAACUCAACAGCAAGUCUGCCUUCAGCAACAUAGAAAACGAAGCGCCCUUUGAGCUUGUGUCUUGAGAAACCCAUGCUCUGAUUACUCUGUGCAUAUUGUACAUGUAAAUAUCUAUGAUGUAAAUGUAAUUUAAGAAUCGCAUUUUUGUAAUGGCAAUCAACUUAUUUAUCUAUUUAUUCUUGUGUUCAGUUAAUGGAAUAGAUUAUCUCUUUUAAAUAUAUAAUUUAUAUAAUUUAUCCUGAUUUUCUUUUAAAAUAUGCAAUAGCCCAUACUUCUAGCCCAGCGCCUUUGGCGGAACUCUGCAUUGUUGGAAGAAUGCUGGUCGGAAAACUUGUUAAUUUAUUGCCAGAUAUGGCCUAUUUCUAAGCGGUGUUAAUAAAUGCUCUUUACACCUUU